GCCUGUCAGGGAGGAAAAAUAAACGCAGUGAACACAGCUCCACACCCUGAAGGGAAUGAGAAGUUUCACUGCAUUCCUGUCCUGCAACUCAACUCUGAAUCAACCAUCUGCAAGGACAAAUCCGUAGAGUGUAAGUGUGUGUGUGUGUUUAGGUCUGUGUUCAGGACCCCUGACCAGGCCCCACCUUGAUUUCAGGACAACAGUGUGUGUAUGUUCGUGUGUGUUCAAACAUCACACUGGAGGGGGUGUGGGCCAGCUAUCUGCAUACGCCUAUUGACCUAUACCUCAGCGCCCUGUCAGGGACACAAUGACAUCGCUGGGUGAUAAAGGUGAAGGCCACUGGGAGACAACGGCAUUGCUGGGUGAUGAAGAUGAAGGCUCCGUCCAAACCCAGACGAAGGUCCUGAACCAGGGCUCCUGGACGCAGGUCAGCUGUCCCUGCUGUGUGUCUGAGCAGGUGGAGCCCCUGGUCCUCAUCCAGCUGUCAGACAACAUCCAGCCUGUCACCAAGAGGUGGCUCAUCUCCCUGAUCGGGGUGUCCGAGAGAGACGGAGGAGCAGCGUUGCUGGCCCACCCUGGAGAGGAUGAGUGUGGGGAUGUGAUCGUGGUGUCUGCACCUCGGUGCACCCUCCUCAAAGCAACAGAGGACCUGGGUCUGUGUAAGAAAUACCGCAAUGGAGACAUGGUUGCUUUCUCCUACAACGACAGAGAAAACUUCAGCAAUGUUGAUGACAUGCAGGAGUUCCUGACGCUAGCGGAGCGUCAGUACAUAGUCAAGUAUGAGCUGGACUUUCUAAGGGCCCAGAAGGAGCAGAAAAUCCCUGGAGUCCCUGAGUCUCAGGGGGUCCUGAAGGCCAGGGAGAACAUAUGUCAGAAGCUAGAGAAGGCAGGAGUGAUAAAGGAUAUCUUCCCUCUGCAUGACAAACAGAGACUGACAGACUUGGGCAGGAAGUGGUACUCUGGGAAGCAGAUAUGGGGACAGCCUCUCGACUCUAUCCAGGCCUACUUCGGAGGCACCAUUGGGUUUUACUUCAGCUUUCUGGACUUCUACACCUGGGCCCUGGUGCCCCCUGCUAUCCUAGGCCUGGUCCUGACCUUUCUGCUGCCUGGAGGUGGAUCAGGAGGUGGGGUUGUGAAGGAGCAGGCUGGGGAGGGGGUGAUGGAGGGGAUGGUGGAGGUGGACGACAGCCCCUCGGUCAGCGGUCACAUGGUACAGGCCAUGUUCAGCAUGCUGUGGUCCACGCUGGUCAUGGAGUUCUGGAAGCGCCGCAGCUCCUCCAUCUCCCACCGCUGGGGCUUGCUGCACCUGACCGAGCGCUUCGCCGAGCCACGACCUGGCUUCCACGGCACCCUGGGGAUCAACCCUGUGACCGGGCGGCUGGAGCCCCUGUUCCCGGAGUGGCAGAGGCAGCUACGUGUAGGCCUGGUGUCUGUGCCCCUGGUGGGGUUGUUCCUGGGGCUGGUGGUGCUGGGUAUGACAGGGUUCUACCACGGAGAGGCCCUGGCACAGGGCUUCCAUCAGGACAGCGGCUCCCUGUUCUCUGGAGCUCUGCUCUACCUUCCCUCUGUGGCUCACAUCGUCUACACCAACAUGCUGGGGAAUGUGUACCGCACUGUGGCCAUGCAACUCACAGAGUGGGAAAACCACAGAGAGGAAUCCUCCUUCCAGAACCAUCAUACCACCAAAGUCCUCCUGUUUACUUUCUUCAACUACUUUGCUGUGCUAUUCCACAUUGCCUUCUACAAACAAGACCUACCACUGCUAAGGAAGAGGCUUGCGUCUCUGCUAAUCGUGACCCAACUGGUGAACCAGUGUACAGAGGUGGUGGUGCCGUUUAUAGUGGACCGCUUCUUCAGUGCUCCUCAGAAGAAGCAGCAGGAGGAUGACCCAGAUGUGGACAAACUCAGAGCCCAGAGAAGCCUGCCCCCUUUUCCAGGCCUGUUUGCUGAGUACAUUGAGUUGCUGGUGCAGUUUGGGUAUUUGAGUCUGUUCUCCUGUGUGUACCCGCUCACCGCCGUCCUCCUGCUCCUCAAUAACGUCACAGAGAUCAGAGCAGAUGCAUACAAGAUCUGUAAACUGUUCCGGAAGCCCUUCUCAGCCCCUGUGUCCAACAUGGGAGUGUGGCAGACAGCGUUUGAGGUUCUGGGGUUCGUGUCAGUCAUGUCUAACUGCUGGCUGCUGCUGCUGUCUCCUCGGGUCCGGGAGUUCUGUCUGGAGGGAGGGAUUAGCGGCAGGAACAUCAUACUCUUCGCCAUCCUGGUCGAGCAUGUCCUGAUCCUGGUCAAGAUGAUUCUCGCUUUUAUGAUCCCAGACGAGCCAGACUGGGUCAGAAUCAAGAGGGAACAGAUUGAGUUUCACUCCAUGCAAGCUCUUGGGCAGCAGAAGCUAUAAAGGUUGUGGAACCCCUGAGGGGAAGUCCAUAAUCUGUCUUCUGUUGCCCUUCAAAUGUUGGUCUGGACCUGGGGGCUCAUUAGAAUCAGCUGCCAUGGCGAUGACGGAGAGGAGGAUCCAAAGAGAUGUCUGUCUGGCCUCUAAACAUAAACCCUGGUGCCAGCCAGACUCUGCCCUGAGAAGCUCUAUCAGUCUCAGUAUCUCCCCCUGGAGGACUGGUCUAGUCAUAACUAGAGAAGUUUCUCAUGUCAUGGGAGAUACUAGAGCAGGGGUGUCAAACUAAUUUUGCCCCGGGGGCCGCAUUCGGUCUUCAACAAGGUAUAAUGAGUUUGUCUCCCCUCUAAUAUAUAUAUAUAUAUUUAUAUAUAUAUAUACAGUAUAUACUGAGUAUACAAAACAUUAAGACAUAGA